AUGAUAAACAUAACUGUAUGUUUUUUAUUCAUAUAUCAUUUAAUGUUGCUAAUAUUAGGGAUAGUAUUUUUUGAAAAUUAUUUAUUUAAAGAUUUUGAUAAUAGCUUUAGUUUGGUAAAAAUAAUAUUUUGUUUUUCUUUUGUCUUAUGUUUAUCUUUAUUAUCUAUGAUAAUGUUUGAGAUAUUAGGGUUUAUAACAACCUCUUUAAAAUUAUUUAUUUGGUAUAUUGAUAUAACAUUUUUAGUUUUAUUUAUUUAUUUAAUAAUACCUAUAAGUUUAAUAUAUACAUAUGUAACAUAUGAGGAUGAAAAGGUAUCAAAUAGCUUAUUUAAGUUUAAAUAUUUUUAUUCGGCUUUAAAAAAAAUGAAAAAUAAUAAAAAAAUAAAUAACAAUAAUGAAGAUAAAAGUGAUUUCAUGAGAAGACUUGUAUAUGUUAGUGAUGAUAUAAUCAACAAAAUGAAGAAUUAUAAUAAUAAAAUAAAAAGUCAAAAUAAAAAAAAAAUAUUUAAAAUUAUUAUAGGAUCUAUAAUUAUAUUACCACUAAUUUGGUUCACUUUAUAUAAAAUAUCUGUUGUAACAUUUAAAAGUAAUAGUGAUGUUUAUGAUAUAUAUGAUAUAUAUAAUAUAGACAAUAUAUUAAAAGAAAAAUUAAAUAUAAUAAAUAAAGAAUUUGCUGAUGAAUAUGAUACAAACAAUGAAAAAAAUAAAAAUAUUUUUUUUAUCAAAAUUAUGAAAAAUUUAUUAAUUUAUAUAUCUGUUACUGGAAUGACUAUAGUUAGUGCAUUAUCUGCUUUUACUAGUUUAUAUUCACCAUAUACAAAUAUUAGUAACUUUUUUUUUUUUGUUAAAAUAAAAAAAGUUAAAGCUAUUGAAAAAAAAAUUAUUUUUAUAAAAGAUGAAUUGUGUUCAAAAAAAAAACUACUUUUAUUAUAUCAAUAUCCUAAUUUAUUAAAUGAUUAUAUAAAAAAUAAAAAAAAUAAUAAUUCAAUGUCAAAUUUUACUUUAAACACCUUUUAUAACACUAAUACUAACAAAAUAUAUAUCAAUGGUUUUAAUUCAUAUAACAAUUUUGGUGAUCAUACAUAUGAAAAUUCAAAUAUCUCAAAUACAAACAAUAUAAUAUCUUAUAAUGAAAAAGACAAUGCAUUUAAUAAUACAUCCCCAGAUAUGUCUUAUUUUAAAAAUAAUAAUCGGAUAGACAAUAUUGAUAGUAACCCACAUUGUAGUAGUUGCAAAAAUGGUAGUAACCCACAUUAUAGUAGUGACAAAAACGGUAAUGAUAUAGAAUAUAUAAGCUCAAAGCCUUUUAAAAAGUGCAAUUUAUAUCUCGGAACUCAUAAGUCAAUAUACAAAGAUAUACAUGAUACAUUUAUAAAAAAAGAAAAAAAAUUGUGUAAUAUAUUUAGUGAAAAUAGUAUGUAUAAUAAUGCAAACGAAAGUGAAAUUAUUGAUAAUGAAGAUGAAGAAAUGGAACAUAAAACAAAUAUAAAUUUUGAUAAUGAAAUGUAUAUUAAUCACGAAAUAAAUUUUAAAAGCUUUGAUGAGGGUUCUUUAAAAAUGUUUGACAAAAAUUUAAGUGGUAGUGUAUCUUUAUACAAAAGAAAUGUAAAAUCGAGUAACUAUAUAGAUGAAAAUAUAAAUUAUAAUAACAACAAAUUUAAUUGUUUAGAAAAUAAUGAAAAUUAUAAACAUGAAGAGAUCGAUGAUGAAAAAGAAAUUAUAAAAUAUAAUAGUUAUUGUGGUGAUUUAUCAAAAGACAAAAAUGUUGAAUAUAAUAAUGUAACAAAUUUAGAUAAUGAUGAUGAUAAAAAAAAAAAAAAAAAAAAAAAAUCACUUAUUUAUAGUAUGUUUUCGUUCAAAAAAGUAUUAACAAGGAAUGAUGACCUUCUUCCAUAUAACAAUAAAGAUAACGAAGAGCUGCAUGUUAAUAAACAUAAAGAGAUAUGUGCUAAUAAACAUAAAGAAGAACUAUAUGUUAAUAAAAAAUACAUCUCUAAUCUCCUUUUUAGUAGUUUGGAAAAGCCAUAUAGAACAUUAAAGAGUGUAAAAGAUUUUUUUACAAAUAACAUAAUUAGAAAUAAAAAUAGACAAAGUUUUGAAAAUAUAAAUCAACGAAAUAAAGAAGUGUUAAAACAAGAUAUUAAAGCAUUAGAAUUUAUGUCAAAAAAAUUAUAUUUUUUAUUAGAUGAAGUAAUAAAAGAACAGAUACGAAUAAAUAAAAGUACAACAUUUUCAGGAAUACUUUUAUAUUUAUUGGGAAUAAUUAUGUCAAUAUUAUGUUUAUAUAAAAUUAUAAAAACAUGUUAUAUUAUAUAUAUGGUAGAAGUCCAUUAUAAAUUUAUAUAUACAUAUAGUAGUGGUCAUGCAUUAAUGCUAUUUUAUUCAAAAAAUAUGGAUUUUUCAUUUAUAAAUGAUUUAAAAAAUGUAUUAAAUAUUGUACAUAUAAAUAUUAAUUUAGAUAAUUAUGUAGUAUCAAUAACAUCAUUAUUAUUAUUAUGUUUUAUAUUUACAAAUCUAAAAACAUUUAUGGAAAAAAUUAUAAAAUUAAAAUAUUCAACUAAAUCAUCUUUAUAUUCAAAUUUAGCUAUUUUAUUAAUGUGUGAAUUAAUGGGAUUAUAUUUCUCUGCUUAUUGUAUCCAAUUAUUUGAUUAUCUUCCCGUUAAGGAAAAAAUUAAAAUGAUAUAUAUAUUUUUUAAUAAUAACAUCCUAAAUUUAUUCAAACUUAAAUAUCAUUUUGACUUUGUUUAUGUUGUAUCAUUAUUUAUUUCUUUGCUCCUAAUCAAAAUUCACCACAAGAAUAGAUCAGACAGUUUCAGCGAGUUGUAA